GUGUCUCCUUCUGUCUCUGCCCCUCCUCUGCUCACACUCUGUCUCUUAUUCUCUCAAAAAUAAAUAAACAUUAAGAAAAUUUUUUUUCAAAGAAUUUAAAAAAUUGCUCCUUCACUUCAUCUUGGAAAUUAUAUACAUCCUUUCCCAUUUCUUUUUUUUUAAUGCUUAUUUAUUUUUGAGAAAGAGAGCACGAGCAGGGGAGGGGCAGAGAGAGAGGGAGACACAGAAUCCGAAGCGGGCUCCUUCAGGCUCUGAGCUGUCAGCACAGAGCCCAACGCGGGGCUUGACCUCAACAAUUGGGAUAUCGUGAACUGAACCGAAGUCGGACGCUUAACGGACUGAGCCACCAGGUGCAGCCCAGCCUAGAUUCAUAUUUUUAAGGCUCCAGAUUGGUCCCCACACCCCUGCCCUCAAGAACCCAGGGCUGGUUUCGGCUCAACCCGAGAAGGACAGUGGGAGAAGGGUUGCCUCCAAAGGAUCCUCAGGCUGGGCCACGGGAGGACCCCCCUCCUCCUGCAGGGAGGGCAUACAGAGCCCACGCCUCUGGCCCCUGUGAGGAUGCACAUCACAAUGACUGUUCCACCUGAGCCAGGCCCUGGGAGAGGCACCAGGCAGGCAGGUACUCUGGCCCAAGGGCACCCAUGGGGACUCCAGAUAUGCGCUCCGCUGCUCAGAGCUUGGAACCCGCCGCUGCUGGGAUACCGUUGCUGGAACAAAACACGUCCAGGACACCAAGAUGGAACCAUCCCCAGGAGCCUCCUCGUCCUUGUCCCCCUCCUCCUCCUGGUCCUUGGCCUCCAAGAGUUCAAGGGCCUCCUCCAAUAUAUGUCCAAGGCCCCCCGGCUAUUCACCCGGCUCUGUUCACCAGAAUGCCUAGGAUGGGCCCUGCCAUCCCGGUACAGUCCAUAUGUCACUACUGUGGGAACCGCAUCAUAACGGUGACCACCCCAGUCCCAGGGGUUCUCACCUGGCUGCUGUGUACAGGUCUUUUUGUGUUUGGGUGCUUCCUGGGCUGCUGCUUCCUCCCCUUCUGUAUGGACAGCUUGAUGGACGUGAAGCACACGUGCCCCGUGUGCCAGCAAGAGCUCGUCUGCUACCACCGCCAAACAAACGUCCACCGACAUGGUGUCACGCACCAAAGCACCAAAGCCACACCUCUCAGCGCCGUGCACACAAGACUCCGCUUUUUACCAGUCUGGCAACACGCAGGAGACGCGCACCCCUUCCUGCUGGAAGUGGGGGUCCUCGAGGCAGCAGGCUGGAAGUUCUUAGAGAAAGGCGACCGGUCCCCCAGCGGGAAGGGCAUGGCUGCCUACAAAGAACAGCCGUUACAGAAAAUGGCACGCGCCGUACCCUGGGACGCUUGA